AUGCCUCAGCUGACAGCCACCCCAGCAAGCGCCCUUGCAGAUGAGCCAGUGCACAUCCGAGUGACAGGCCUGCCCCCGUUCCAGGUGGUGACCCUCAAGGCCUCACUGAAGGAUGACAAGGGUGAUCUGUUCCAAUCCAAAGCCUUCUACAGGGCGAAUGAGGCUGGGGAGGUGGACCUGGAGCAGGCUCCCGCACUUGGAGGCGAUUACGUGGGGGUCCAUCCCAUGGGCCUUUUCUGGUCUCUGAAGCCUGAGAAGGCUUUCUGGAGGCUGCUCAAGCACGAUGUGCUCAACACCCCCUUUUGGGUCACUCUGGACGUAUAUGAUUCUAUUUGCUCCCAAUAUUCAGCCAUCAUUCAACCCAGUGCCAGCCAGGUUGUACAACGGUGGUUCUCAGGCCCGGGGGUGCAGAGGAAGCAGAUCCGGGAAGGUCGAGUGCGAGGAGCCCUUUUUCUUCCUCCAGGGGAAGGUCCUUUCCUAGGCGUCAUUGAUUUGUUUGGAGCCAUUGGAGGUCUAGUAGAGUUUCGAGCCAGUCUUUUGGCUGCCCGUGGCUUUGCAGUGCUGGCCUUAGCAUAUUUUGACUACGAAGACCUGCCUGAAGAACUGCUGGAAGUGGACUUGGAAUAUUUUGAGGAAGCUGCCAACUUGCUACUAGCUCACCCCAAGAUCCAAAGGCCAGGAAUCGGAGUGAUCUCCAUGUGCAAGGGCGCAGAGAUCGCGCUGGCCAUGGCCUGUUACCUGAAGCAAGCGGUGGCCAUCGUCUGCAUUAACGGGUUCACUGCUGUCAUGGGUGUUCCUCUCCGGUACAAGGACCUGGUUGUGACCCCCAUCCGCCCUGAAAUGGAGCGCGUGCAGGUGCACGCCUCUGGAGCUCUGAGCUACUGCCACUGUUACGGAGACCCGCGCGACAAGCUGAAUGGGCAGAGCGUGCUGCCAGUUGAAAAGGCUCAGAGCCGGCUUCUUUUUAUUGUCGGAGAAGAUGAUGAAUUCAUCAGAAGCAAACUGUAUGCUGAGCAGGCCAUGGACCGGCUGCGGAGCCACGGCAGAAGCCACGGCAGGGUUCUGGUGUACCCCAGCGCGGGGCACCUCAUAGACCCACCCUAUGCUCCUUUGUGCUUCGCGUCCCGGGUCCGGGGCCUUCCCAGGCCCUUCCUCUGGGGAGGGGACCCUGCUGCCCAUGCAGCAGCCCAGGAGCACGCCUGGGGAGAGAUCCAGAAAUUCUUUAGGCAACACCUCAUUCAGAACAGAAGCAAACUCUGAGCAAGGAUGAAUGAUAACGAGUGAGGGGGAGAGAAGAGGCUGGCCUUGGGGAAUAACCAGGGUAAGAAAGGAAGAGGUGGGCAGAGGAUCUCUCCAGACAGAAUGAAGGGGCCAGGGCACAUGUGCAUCUGAAGUAUCUCUGACAAAUUUGUAUGUGCUUCAGUUUUUUUGUAAAUUGGAUCUUAGUUUGUAUAUGCUAGGGUACAGUGCUCUUUCAAAAUUGUGAUACUCUUGCAAAUCGAAUAGUCCUUUAUCCUUCAGUUAGGGCUUCUUUGGAUCCAGGCAUUGCCAAUCUAGAUGAAUUCCCUAGAACUGCGAGUUACUUGCAAAAAUACCUCUUAAAGCAUUUUGAGUUGGGUUUCCGUCACUUGAUAUGAAAAAUUCUAAUACUCCCACUGAGUGUAAGGCUUGCUAUAAAUUUCCAGUAGGUACUUAAUUUUUUUUCUAAAAUAGUGAUACUUCUCUUUAUACACACUUUGUGUAUAUAUAACCAUUAAACAAUAUGGUUGGAUGGAAUUUAAUCAAAUGCUUUUUUAGUAUUUAUUAAAAUUGAAUCAGUUAGUAAUAUUAAAGUUGUUAGAACAGGGCCUGGCCCAUGGUAAUUACUCUAUCAGAGUUAGCCAUUAUUAUUUGGUAAUUAUCAUUUUUCUCCUUGAAUGUGGUGAACUACCUUCAUUAAUAGAAUAAUUUGGUUUAUUUAUCUGAUUUUAAUAGAUGAAUGUCUCACAGUGACCAAUUUGUGUUUUGAGAUUUCUUUUGGAGCCAAGCUAAUCAUUCAUAUUUUCUCAGAAUUCACCCUGUCUUCUAGAACACAUUUUUCUCUCCUGAUUUUUCGCAUAACCUCUGUUGCUUGUAGAGAUAUCCUCUCUCUUUCCUCUCAGUCUGACUUGCUAAGUAUUUGUCUACUUUUUCCAGGGACAGCUUUUGGUUUAUUUAUUGGUCAGAUUUGCUUUUUGCUGAUUCAUUAAUUUCUGAUUUUUAAAAUAAUGUCCACUGCCAUCUUUGUGUUUUUUCUGGGCUUUGUGAUAUGCAGUGUUCUCAUUUUGUUAAUUUCUAAAUAGUUUCUGAUUUUUGUUCCUGUUAAACUCAAGAGUUAUUUUGCCCAAGUACAAUUGUCAUCCCCUACUUGCCCUUCUGAGGGGGAGGAGAGCAGGAAUGUCAUUUUGUAAUAGAGGUUAUCCCCACCUGAGCCCACUGGUUAAAUUUAGCUUCUGUAAAAGGGGUCAGUUUCACAUAAUGUGCUUCACAAGGGCUUGUAAUGUAGAGAGCCCAGCAGUGCGUGGAACUACUCCUAACAAUACCGUUGAAUCUAAUCAAGCCUUUGAUAAUUAACUGAUAUAAAUUGUGACUGGAGAACAAGGCCAUACAAGUUAGAAAACAAAUCCAGAUUGUGGGUCAUUUUGUGGGACAACUGUCGUGUUUAUCAAGUGAAUUGCAUGAGAAAAAGAAAGGCUUGAGUGAGCUGGGACAAUGAACUUCAGAAUUAAACAAGGCUUGAGGGAUGUAUUAACCAAAUGCUAUGUGUGGCCCUGGUUUGAACAAAGCAACUAUAAAAAGACAUUUAAGGGACUAUUAGAGAGAAUGGAAUAUGAAAUGGAUACUAAAUUAUACUAAGGAACUGUUACCUUAUGAAAUGCGAUAAUGCUAUUGUGGUUAUAUAAAACAGUCAUUAUUUAGAGAUACAUAUUGAAAUAUGUAGUGAUGAAGAAUCAUGAUAUCUGGCAAUUAUCUUAAAUUACUAUAGGAAUAUGGCAAAACGUGAACAAUUAUUAAGUUUAGAUGAUGGGUAUAAUGAAGUUUGUUAUAAGACACGUAUUCUUUUUAAUGUCUGCCUGCAAUUUUUCAUAGGAAAAAAUCUAAAAAAAGAGACAUCAUCAAUGUAUUUACUUUUCUGUCUCAAAGGUUAAGAAUGCUAGCCUGCAUUACAUCUUUUUCUCCAUGUCACUGAUCAUUAAUUUCAGAUGAUUAAUUUUUU